AUGGAAAAAACAUUUGAUAUUCAAUGGCCAUUCGAUUGUUUUGGAUUAGUGGCAACUGGAGCUACCUUAGGUGUAUUGGCUAUAUUACUUAUUUUAUUCUUAAUAAUUUUGUGUCUUCCAUGGAAUAAAUGUAGUCAAUACUGUUCUUGCUGUCGUUGUUGGAUCUUUAAUUCAAAUGAGCAUAUACGUAGACAAUCAGAAGAUGCAUUUCGUGCAACCAGAAUGCCUGGAGAGUUUCCUAUGCCAAUGUUUGACUUCAUACCACCAUAUGCUUUACCUAAAUUACCAAACUACGAAGAAUGCGUAAAUACUGGACCACCAGCAAAUGAUGAAGCCCCACCACCGCCAACUCCACUUUCUUUUCAUUCUACUAAUUCAAACAAUCAGCCGGCUUUACGUCUAACUCUCCACGGUCAACCCGAAAAUUUAGCCAAUACUAGCGAUUCUCAAUCACUUCCUCUAUCUACUCCUCCACCGUCUUAUUCAUCAACCUAUUUGAACAGGCCAUCAGUAACAGGCCAAACAGGUGAAGAUUCAACUAGAUUAGCUGAUAUCGCAUCUAA